CAUAUGUGAUGCACAAUCUGGAUGGUCACAAACACUUCAAAUAUUAUGAACAUAUUUCUUUCAGCUGAUUUGGGACACCCUGAGCUGAGUCCUUCAUCAGACUGAUUUUAAUUUUCACUUUGACGUCAGUGUUAAAAAUCUUGAAAUUGAAAACCCAAAAACUGCAAUUCGACUGGUUUUACAAGCAACAAGAGACAAAAACAUUUGAAUAAUCCCGGCCCCUCCUAUCCCCAUUUGAUCUUUUCCUGACCCCUGUACGUCCCGAAAUACUGAGGCGAACCUGUCGCUCCCAAGCUGAGGGGACACAGAUAGCUCAGACACUCUGGACUGGGGGAGCAGGGGGAACGUCUAGGAAACACAUAGUAGGUGUUCCACUAGAGAGGAAGAGGGAUCCAAACUGUCUGCCACUUCAUCUGGAUCCCCUUUGAAAGAUGAGAGGAGAGAGUAAGAGAAUAUGCACGUUGAGAGAAGUCCUCCAUGGAGGUUGAUGGGACUCAUGAGAUACUGCCAAGGAAGGAUUCUCCCAGCAACCGGGCUCAUCUUUUAAGACCGAUCUGAACUUCAACUCUCCCGGAAAGUUUGGCAUGUAACCCUGAAGAAGGUUUCUGUGAAGGUUUUUAAAAAGAAGGAAUUAGUUAGGAGUGCAAAGUUCUUUGAUCAAGACCCUGAACCCUUUUGACUUUGAGGACCUGGACAAAGAAUAAGAAGGUUUGGUUGAUAGAUUGGAUUGAAUCUGAGGGGCGGUAAGAGUCAUUAAAGAAGCAAUGGAUGAAGCCACAAAGAAUGUUCAGGAUGUGAUGGUUAGCGAGGCUCUGGUUCAAUUCCAGACGACCCUGCAAGCUGCCGUCAGGGAGGUGCACGUGGACGUCAGCGCCUUCAAGCAGCGCAUAGAGCGGAGGAUUGAGGACCUGUGCCUUACUCAUGGACCCUUGGCCGGGGCGGUUACCGGGCUGCAAGAGGAGAACCUGCAGCUCAGGGCAAAGCUAGAGGCCCUCAGCCGCCUGGUGGAGGGUCUCGCUGGGGUCCAGAUUGACAGAUGUCCCGCUGAGGUUCAGGGGAAGAACGUGGAGGAGACUAUUGAGAACGGACAUGUGCAGAUACAGUCCAAGAUCCAAGAGGACCAGAGGGAUCUGGUCAACUCUGGGAGAGCUGAAGACAGCCAGUCAAGUCAGUCCACUUUCGCAUACCCUGAACCAUCAGGGUCAAUUGGGGGAUUAAGCCAUACUUCUGCUGCAGCUGCUGCUACAGCUACAGGCAAAUCUCCAGCCCUUCCUCCAUGGAGAGCCAAAAGAAACGCUGAGAUCAACGGCGCUGAGAAAAAUGUUGCUCCAGCUGCACAAGAGAAUGGAAAACAAGAAAGUGCAUCAGUGAAUUUGGAUGUGGUUCAAACUGUUGAAGCUCAGUCCCACCGGCCUCUCACCUCCAUCACCAAACCAAACCUAGAGUCUCCUGCUCUCAGCAGCUCCCUGUACUCCACUGUGGAAACACCCAACAAGCCUGAGCAACAAGACUCAGGUCUUUUGACGAAACCCUAUCUGCCCCUCACUUCAAUUACAAGAGCUGGCUCUGAAGCUCCAGCUCUCCCUCCGUCUCUUCCCUCUGUUCCCGUCACACCUAAAGAAACCCCAGCAGAGUCCCCUGUUACAUGUGAUAGUGAACCCAAGCCUCAUCUUCCUGUCACUGCCAUGAUAACUAAACCCAGUCCAGAGGGUCUGUCUCCAGCACUGGUUCCUAAAGCAGCAGUCCAUGCUACAGCAGAAGCUCCAACAGGGGACUACCCUUUCAUGAGAGCUGCAACCAGACCUGAGCCGAGUCCUGCUUCUGUACUGAGUCCUUUUGUACCAGAGUCCCCGAGCACAAAGAGAGGCGAACACCUGUUUAAACGUGAUGUCAGUCAACCCAAGCUACAGCUGCCUCUCUCUUCAAUAUCUACUUCAAACACAGAGUCUUCUUCAUCAUCUUCUGCUACAACAGCUCAGAACCAGAGUCUGUCACCACAGGACCCUACAGUGAAACCCGGGGAAUAUCCCUUUAAGAGAGUACCAGUUCUCAAGACUCCAAGUCCCAGCCUGAAGAGAAGUGUGAGCUUCCCUCAGCCUGCAGAAAAAUUACUUCCCUCCAAGUCAAUCAUAAAAUCCGGUUUCUCACCAGGCUUGGAGAAGAAAUCAAACAAGUCAGCGGGGGUGGAGUUUAAGGUGGAUGUGAUGAAAGCACAAACUCUUCCACGCGCCAAUGGAGCUCAGGCCAAGCGAGCUCUCUUUGAGAGGAUGAACUCAGAGCCCACAAAACCAAAGGACUCCAAACCUAAACUGAAGCGCUCUCAGAGUUUUGGAAUGUCCAGUGCCAGCGGUAUCAAACAGAUCCUGUUGGAGUGGUGUCGCUCGAAGACCAUCGGCUAUCAGAACAUCGAUAUCCAGAACUUCUCGUCCAGCUGGAGCGAUGGGAUGGCUUUCUGUGCUCUGGUCCACUCUUUCUUCCCUCUGGAGUUCGACUACAACGUGCUGAACCCUGCAAGCCGCAGACAGAACCUCCAGCAGGCCUUCACCACUGCAGAGCAGCAGGCUGACUGUCUCCGUCUGAUUGAGGUGGAGGACAUGCUGGACAUGGGGGACAAGCCGGACCCCAUGUGUGUGUUCACGUACGUCCAGUCUCUCUACAAUCACCUGAAGCCGUUUGAGUAACUCUGUAUCAGAGUCCAUCACAAAGCCUAGAUGUUGUUAAGCACAGUGUGUCAUCAGUGAUGUGAUGCAGACUAAUAUCAAACCAAAGCUUAGCAUGCAUACUGAUGGAAACCCCUGCUGUUAGAAUCACAUGAUCAGUGACUUCAUUUUCACUGCCAAAUUACAGAAGCAUUGAUCAGUUUAAUACUGUACGAGUGUGCUGGCCUGUUCCCCUUUCUUCAGACUUCAAAGUGGACUGACUCUGAUUCUUAAAAUCCAGUUUGUAAAGAUGUGAGUGGCUCUAAUUUACAGAGGGAGGAUGUCUUUGUGUCGUUCUCGAAUCAGUAUGAGACAGUAUGAGGAGAUAAUGUCCUCGCUUUGAAUGAUGUUGUUGAUCGAUCAGUGAUUGGAUUCAGCAAAAAGUUAUGAUCCUGUGCAAUCACCAAUAAACUGGAGUCCUGCCUGAAGUGAGUUUGAAACCUGGCAAAAUAAAGCACUUUUCUUAUA